GUCACGCGAUUCAAGCCAACAAGGCAAGACCGGGCCCACUUGUCGCGGCGAGCGGUUGGGUUCGUGCCACGGUGUGGACGAUGGGCCGUGGUAAACCCCAGGUCACGACCCUGGCGACCUACGUCUUCACGUCUCACCCUUUGGUUUACGCAUUGAGUCUUUCCCACACGUCGUAGUAUCGUUUCCAUUCUCGCUGCCAUCUAGUUUGGGCCACUCAAUUAUGAUGCUUCGCCAACCACGUGGCGCUAUCAAGGCUAGACGGUGCGUAACACCGAAGCUACGACAAAGUAUUAUUGUCAGUCGUUGUAGCUCACAAGAAAGGAGCGGAGCUGCUGAGCGAGAAGGCCGUGGAGCAAAUGAAGGUGCCAAUCGGCGAGAAGUUUUGCUGCGCUCCUCCUUCGUGGCGCCACUGGUGCUAGGCGCGCUUACCGUUGGGAGUGACGACCCCACCACGCUGCUCAACAGCGUGCUUGCCGGCUACGGCCUGCCCAAGCUGCCCAACAGCACCGGCUACAAGCUACUGGACGACUUCGAACUGGAAUUCACGCUCGAGUACCCGCGCGCCUGGGUGGUGCGGCCCAACUCCCUACGGCAGGGCGUGUACAUAUCGGACUACAACACGGCAGACAAAUUGAGUGUGGAGGUGCUGGCGGUGCCGGAGGAUGGAGACGUGGUCAAGGCGGCGGUCACGGCGGCAGUGGUGCCGGGGCAGGGUGCAGGGCAGCAGGACGACAAACUGCUGUUGCCGGCUGCAAGCAAAAUCAAGUCCAGCACCGCCACGGUGGAGGGCAAGGAGUACACAUAUAUCACCUUCCCCAGCGAGACCAUCACGCGCAGUGGCUAUAACAUCCGCCGCAAGAACUUCGCCGUGGCGUGCGUGAAGCGUGGCAUGGUGUACACACUCAAUGCGAGCUCGCGCACGGACCAGUUCAACAAGGACAAGGAGGAGCUGCUGCAACACGUGGUGGAGUCGUUCAGGGUGCGGUGAGGGGACGGCAGAGGGCGGUCGAGGGCAGUAGGGGCGGACAGGCUUGGUGGAGCGUUUCGCAGCAGAAGGGCGGAGGGUUGCACCAGGUUGCAAAGACAGUGAUGCGGUUUGUGGUGUUUCUUUGGCUAGAACAUGAAAUGGUGGAGGGUGCAGUGUUUGGUUGUGACAUGACGAGCAGGGCCAAGGCGUCUGGAGGUGACGUGCACGGUACUCGUGUCCUGGCGCACUGCUGUGGGCGUAACGCCCGUCAAGAUCCAGGCACGAUGAGAGGCACGGCCGAUGGCGCUGAGUAAAGUCGUCAUCACGCCCAGUGUUCCGGCCAGUUGUACUACCAUAGUUCUACUGUUCGAGACAGGGCUGGGCCCUAACUUAUGCCUCUUACUAGUCUUCUAGUGAAUACGCGGUCACCCAAGUCUCAUCCGUUGGACAUCCCCAACCCCUUGCCAGUCUCCACAGUCCACAAUGAGUUAUGUCCGGGGUGGGCUAUGGUACUGCUGCAGCUGCAGUGCGCGUCCGCGGCACUACGGCCGUCGAGCCACUUUGGUGUAAAUCGACGAGAGC